CGGCUAGCUGCAUUUAAGAGUUCGCGCUUCCGGUCUCCGGAUCUCCAGCGCUCGCCUGCGCGACUAGUCUUCUUAACCGAAAGUGUAGUUUCCCCGAGUUAAAAAUGUCGCUGUUUUUGAACGCUCUUGCUUUCAUAUGCAAAGUCCUCACACUGCCGCUGUUCGUUGGGGAGCGGGUGGGACUUUUGUCUUUCUACAAGCGCCUUUACCCCCGACUUUUGAGUAGUUUCACGAUAGCGUACAAUGAGCUAAUGAAUGACAAGAAACGGGAACUAUUCCUAAACCUGGAGCGAUUUCAGCCCUCCAAGGGCUCUUUGCGCAUCCUGGAGGUGGGCUGCGGAUCUGGGGCGAACUUCGAGCACUACCCGACGGGCUCCAAGAUCACCUGCACAGACCCCAACCCGCAUUUUAAGACAUACCUGGAGAAAAGUAUGGAGAAGAACGAGCACCUGGUGUACGACAGCUUCAUAGUGGCGUCGGGGGAGAAUCUGCAGGCGGUGGAGGACAGCUCGGUGGAUGCUGUGGUUUGCACUCUGGUUCUGUGCACGGUCAAAGACACCAACAAAGUUCUGCAGGAGGCAAAAAGGGUCCUGAGGCCUGGUGGAGCAUUUUUCUUCCUUGAGCAUGUGGUGUCAGACCCUUCAACCUGGGCUUACUUUUUUCAGCAUGUUCUCCAGCCAUUUUGGUACUAUCUUCAAGAUGGCUGUGAAGCAAUCCGUGCUACAUGGAAGGACAUUGACAAUGCUGGAUUUUCAGAUGUGAAACUACGGCACAUUCAAGCUCCUCUGUUUUUUAUGAUCAAACCACACAUCAUUGGUUAUGCAGUAAAAUAAUGAAUAUGAAUAAUUUCCCACUACCUCCAUAGAAAAAUCUUCCAAAGAUUUUCUCAAGCACGUUUUCCUUCAGCAAGCCCUAGUCAUUUCACUUACUUUUAAGUAUGUUUAACCAAAAACAAAAGAAAAAAAGGAAUGUUUGUUCAACAAGUGAAGACUUAACGUUUUGUUAUUGCACAAGUAUGUCUCUGUAAAAUAAACAAAUACUUCAAUAAUUAUAUUAAAACAAAUAAUAAUAUACAAAAUACUUUCA